AUGGGAGAGAGAUAUAGAUUCGAUUCCUCAAUUUUCGUGGUAGUCUUUAUAACCUUCCUCUUGAAGUGCGCGGCGCAGUUAUCAUGGAGUUGCGACAUCUCGCGGGGCAAGUGGGUAGCGGACAGCAAGUUACCGCUCUACACAGGCAACUCGUGUCCAUACAUCCGCACAUCGCAGAACUGCCUCAAGCAGGGCCGCCCGGACAUGUCGUUCCAGAAGUUCCGCUGGCAGCCCAGGGGAUGCUCUGUGAAGCGCGUGUCGCCGCAGAGUUUGGCGGAGAUGUUUCGCGGCAAGCUGGUGCUGGUCUUCGGCGACUCGCUCUCCAAGAACUUCGCCGCGUCGCUGCAGUGCAUGCUGCACGCCGCCGACUCUACCGCCGCUAGGUCGUACCGCCUGGCGCAGAAGAAAACCGCCGAGUGGGGCGUCGAGUUCCCGACGUACAAGAUCCGGUUCGUGUCCGUGUUCUCCAACUGGCUCAACAACGCCACCAGCCUGCCCGAAAAGAACGGCAUCGAGCAACACCGCAUCGACCUGGACGGCCUGGAUCAGCGCAUCAAGGACUUGCUGCCCAUCGCUGACAUCGUCAUCUUCCAGGCGACGGCGUGGUGGAUGCCACCUAUCAACCGGUGGUACGUGGGCGGCAAGGAGGCGACGAUGAAGGCGACGGCGGCGUACGAGCGCGGACUGACGACGCUGCGGGACUACGUGGCGGGCAGCAGCGGCGGGUUCAGGGGGCGCGCCGUGGUGAUGGGCGUGUCGCCGUCGCACUACGACUUGCCCGUGGCGGGCGUCAAGAGGGGGUCGUGCAAAGUCAACUCCAUGCUUACCAGCGCGCAGACAGCCAGCGUGCGCAGUGGAGACGGCUCCUCUAGUGAUCUGCGGGCCAUCCAGCAGCGUGUUCUCAGGGGGUCGUCGGUGGUGUACGUGGAUGUGAAGCCCAUGAGCGACUGGCGGCCCGAUGGACACAUCCAAAACUGGAGUGUCAAAGGUGCCAGAUCGACUACUAAAGCAAUGGCUGGCAGCUACCCGCCGAUUCUUCGAAUGCGCUGCGUGGCGCAGACGUAUGAUUGGGGCAUCAAGGGCAGUGGGAGCACGGUGGGUCGGCUUUACGCGCUGGGCACGAGCGGCAGCGCGGAGGCGGCUAAGGAAGACGUGCCGUACGCCGAGCUCUGGAUGGGCACGCACCCCAGCGGGCCGUCGCUUGUGCUGCCGUCCGCGCAAUCGGAUGAGGUCGAUGCCUCGUGCCCCGCUCUCGUCAAGGCCGACGUCGCAGCGGGCGAGCCGCAGCUGUUGCAAGAGUGGCUCGACGCACACCCCGAGGCCCUGGGCGCCACAGUGCAGCACAAGUGGCCCGGCCAGCUGCCGUUCCUCUUCAAGGUACUGAGCGUGGCGAAGGCGCUGUCGAUCCAGGCGCACCCAGACAAGCGGCUGGCGGAGCGGCUGCACGCGACGCAGCCGAAGAACUACAAGGACGCCAACCACAAGCCUGAGAUGGCGCUCGCCGUCACCAACUUCGAGGCGCUCUGCGGCUUCGUCACCUCGCGGGAACUCCGCGAAAGCAUCCAGUCGUUGCCGGAACUGCGAAUGGCCAUCGGCGAACACACGGCGGACAGCGUGCUGAGAGCCAGCAAGAAUGGUGUCAACGGCGUCAAUGGGGUCAACGGCGUCAACGGAGUCAACGGCGUCAACGGCGCUCAUGAAGCUCAGGAGUGUGCGGAGCGAAGGGCGUUCAAGGACGCGUUCAGAGCGCUGAUGACGCAAGACGGCGCCGUGAUUGAGAAGCACCUUUCGAGCCUUGUGGCGCGGCUGCAGGCCGAAUCCAAGGAGCGCGAGCUGUCGGACAAGGAGCAGCUGGUGCAGCGGCUGGAGCAGCAGUACCCGGGCGACGUGGGCGUGCUCUCCGCCUUCUUCCUCAACCACGUCACGCUGCUGCCCGGCCAGGCCAUCUGCCUCGCCGCCAACGAGCCGCACGCGUACCUGGCAGGCGAGUGCAUCGAGUGCAUGGCGGCGUCUGACAACGUGGUGCGCGCGGGCCUCACUCCCAAGUACCGCGACACAGACACGCUCACCUCCAUGCUCACCUACCACCAGGGCCGCCCCCACCUGCUCAACGGUGACCGCGUCACCCCCCACGUCACACUCUACACGCCGCCCUUCGAGGAGUUUGAGGUCGAAAAGAUCUCUGUGCCCCUCGGGCAGACGGCAGCCCUGCCAGAGAUAUCUGGGCCGUCCAUUCUGCUGGUGUUUCGCGGAUCUGGAGCCAUCUCAGUGGCCCCGGCCAACGGGCUGACCAAGGUGCAUGGGUGCGCGGCAGCGGUGGCGGCGGCGCCGUCAUACGUGCAGGGUGUGCACGUGGGGGACAUCUUCUUUGUGCCCGCGGGCAGCAACAAGCUGCUGGCGUCCGCUGUGGUGGAGACGGAUGGAGCACAGAAUGAGGAGGUGCUGGAGAUGUACCGUGCCCGCGUGAAUGCACAUGUGUGCUGA